AUGAAGAAAAAUGAAAUUGAAUUUCAAGAUAGUUCUAUUUCCAUUAAGAGACAGCCACUUUUAAAUAGGAAACAAAGUUAGGACAGGAACGAUGGUCUUGGAAAGUCAUCCUAUCACGAUGAUCCCUUAGGCUAAUUAAAAAAAUCUAUUCUUGAAGCUAGUACGCAUUAAUAGUUUGAGCAACAUGUAUUAAUUUGACAUAUAGCAAGCCGUCUCUUUAAGAAUUAUAUGAUUCCUUAGCCUUAAUGAAUCUCGAAUAAAAAUGCCAUCAACUUUUAAAAUCGGUCUAAGAAUAAGAAGUCUAGGAAAUACUAGCCAUCUUAGAUCAUUUGAAUACAAUUUCACCUCGACCUAAACUCAAAGAUAUUUUUGACUAAAAAUAAUAGACUAUUCUUCAUAUAUCAUGCUUUAAAAACUUACCAACUGCUGUUGAAAGAAUUUUAAUGUAUGAAAAGGCUAAUUCAACAAUCGAGGAAUUCAAUACUUGGAUAAAUUUAAAAAAUAAGGAUUCUUUCGUAGCAGUUCAUUUUGCUGCAUAUGCAGGAUCAAUAGAAACGUUAGAAAUUUUAAAAAAAUAUGGAGCAGAUUAUAAAGUAAAAAAUUAAUAGGGCCAAAAUGCCCUAUCUAUUGCAGCAUAAGGCGAUCAAGUGUCUGCUAUGGUUUGGCUAUAUUUGCAAGGGUUGUCCUAUACUGAAUAAGACGAGAAGGGGGGAACUCCUUUACACUGGGCUACCUAUUAUGGAAGUGAGUUUGCAGUACAAUUUUUGCUGAGUUGGUUAUAAAAAACCAAGGAGGGCAAAAAAACUAUUAACUAGUAAGACACAGAAGGGAUGACACCUCUACAUUUAGCAGCAAUGACAGGAAAUUAAAGAAUCGCUAAAAAACUUCUUUAUAAAGGGAGCUAAAAAAAUAUUAGGGAUAAUAAAAAUUAAACUCCAGCCUAAACAGCAUUAGAUAAUGGAUACGAAAUAAUCUAUAAAAUUUUGGAAACAAAUAAUUGUCUAAUGGAAUUUUUAAAUAUCCGAACAAGGUAAAAGCUAAGUUCACUCUUAUUAGUUAUAAACCUGCCUCAAUCAGUUGGAGUUAGAUUUGUUCAUUUUUUUUUAUUUAUUUCUAUUGCAUGAUUGGUUCCGUGGUUUUUGUAUAUCCAUUUUUUGAUACUGAUACUUGGCUAUAGUAUUUAUCAAUUGCAUCAUUUUUGAUUGGACUCAUUUUCUAUUUUUUGACUAUGUACAUUAGUCCAGGCUAUGUUGAAAGAAAUGAUGACUCAAGAAAAUUAUUUUCACUUCUCACUUAAUAUGAGCCUUGGGAACUCUGUCCAGAAUGUUAAAUACAUAAACCAAUAAGAUCUAGACAUUGUGAAUUUUGUUCAAGAUGCGUUAUUGUCUACGAUCACCAUUGUCCUUGGUUAAACAAUUGUGUAAAUAUUUAUAUGUUUAAUUAAGAUAGGAGCUAAAAAUUAUCCCUAUUUUAUUUGUUUUAUUUUGACAAUCUUUGUAAACUUAAUUCAUCUAAUUAUUUUGAAUGGAAUAUUUUUGAUACAUAAUUAUCCUACUAACCUAAAUAAUCCUCAUUAUCCAUGGUUCAAUAAUGUCACCAAUUUAAAGGCACUCGAUAUCUCCAAAAUAUGCGUGCAAUCAUCUAUUAUAAUUUUAUGCAUACUCUUUCUAUUCCCUUUGGCAUACUUAAUCUAUGUUUAAAUGGACAAUUUAUUUAGAAACAUAACUACUUUUGAAAAAUAUCGACAAGAAGAACAAACUCAUGUUUAAGGUACAAAAGAAAAGAAGAGUCAGCAAAGUAUCGAGUAUAUAUUACCAUUAUUGUAGAUCUACUUCAUCUAUUAAAUCAUAAGUGUAACAUAAUAUAUCAUGUUCAAAUUGUAUAGAAAUGUGUUGUAACAAUUCAAAAAAUACUUCAUAUCAAAUAUGA